AAACAAUUAGCUUAAUGAAUCUUAUUUGUCAGGCUGAGAGCAACGGGGACUUCUUUCCGUUUCACUUCCUUGUCAAAAAUGGAGAGCGACCAGGUAAAGGUCCUGAAGGAAAAAGCCAAAGAAGCGAUCGAUAUCUAUUCUCCUGAAUUAUAUGAACUGAACAAAAGUGUAUGGGAAAACCCAGAGCUUGGUCUUCAGGAGAGAUUUGCUCACGAUCAGCUGACAGAAUUCUUGGCGGAUCAAGGCUUCGAUGUAAUUCCUCAUUACACUUUGGAUACGGCUUUUCGGGCGGAAUGCGGAGAGGAUGGAGGUCUUACAAUUGGACUGAUUAGUGAAUAUGAUGCUUUACCGGAAGUAGGACACGCUUGUGGACAUAAUCUGAUCGCUGAAUCGGGAGUAGCAGCGGCUUUAGGUCUCAAGAUUGCUUUGAAUGCCAUUAAUCAGAGACCCAAAGUCAAAAUAGUUCUCCUUGGAACUCCUGCUGAGGAAACAAUAGGUGGCAAGAUUUCAAUGAUCAAGAAUGGUUGCUUCAAAGAUCUUGACUUUUGUAUGAUGGUUCACCCAAGUUCAGUAGAUGUUCUCAAACCAGUCAUUUUAGCUAGUGAACGUGCUACAAUCACCUACAAAGGUCAUGCUGCUCAUGCUGCCGCAUUCCCCUGGGAAGGAAUUAAUGCCCUUGAUGCCGCAGUCAUGGCUUACACAAGCAUAAGUGCACUAAGACAGCAGAUGAAGCCCACAUGGCAUGUUAACCUUAUCAUUUCCAAGGGUGGUGUUAAGCCAAACAUAAUUCCUGACCGAGCUCAGCUACAGUGUUACAUUCGAGCUAUGACUGACAGCAACCUUGAAGUGUUAAAAGAAAAGGUGAAGAAUUGUUUUGAAGCAGCUGCAUCAGCCACAGGCUGCAAAGUCUCCAUGGAGUGGGAAACAGACACUAGAUAUUCACAUCUGGAAACCAACAACACCCUUGCUGAACUGUACCAAGCCAAUGCUGAGUCCUUAGGAGUAUCAUUUCCACCUGAGGCAAAGUUCUCAGCAUCCACUGAUAUGGGAAAUGUUUCACAUGUAGUUCCUUCUAUCCAUCCCAUGUAUUCUAUUGGCACAACUGCACCCAAUCAUUCUCAUGCAUUCACAACAGCAGCAGCAACAGAGGAAGCUCAUGAGAAAACUUUGAUUGCCAGCAAGGCAAUGGCCAUGACAGCUAUUGAUGUAUUGUGUAAACAAGAUUUCAUGGAUCAAGUGAGGAUUGACUUUAAACAACCAAAUAAGGGUGAAAAUUAACUGUCAUGGAUGGAAAAGUGAGGACAAGUUGGCAAAAGUCAUUAGGGACAGUUUCUGCAAAAUUACUCCUAGAGAUAUAUCUGUGAGUUCAGUGUGUAGUUCACAAAUCUUAGAUUGAUACAACACGUAUAUGAAACAAUGGUUUGAUGAAACUUUCAAAUGCACUCUGAAGUUCAAUUUGACUGAUGUGCUUGAUGUGUUUGGUAGGGAAAGAAUAAAUCAUUACAGAUAUGAGCAAAAAGUGACAAUGGAAAGAAUUAAAGC